CUCUCUCUCUCCCUCCUUGCACGUUUAAUAUAGGGCCAUUCAUAAUUUGGAGCGCUCCGGAUUUCACCUUAACGCUGUAAUAUAUAUUCAUAGCGGAUUUAGUGGCGGUGCGCUUUGGGUACAGUGCAGAGGCGAUCGGCUUUAUAAAUUUUAAAUCGGGGCCAGUACUAGUGAUGAGACCUGGCAUUUGACGGGAAUGUGAUCUUUUUUUUCCUCCCCCACCUUUGCGAUUGGUUUUAAUUAGUGCAGAUUUCACAGCGACCAGUCCAGGGGGGGGGGGGGGGGGGAGAAAAAAUUCACGGGCUUUAGGGCCAGCGAGUGUGAUUGUCAGUCGUGUGGUUUAGGGUUGGUUGUAAUACCCUGUACACCAUUUGUUUUCAACAACAACAACAAAAUCUAUUGGCACCCAAACUUGGAGACAUUAAUCAAUUAUACUUUACGAGACCCUCUGAGACUGGAUGAUUGCUUGUUUGGCGAGGAUUGUGUGUGAAUUUUGGAUGCCAUUUAAUUGCAAGCCUCUAGUGCAGAUGUGUACCACAGGUCAUAACAAACCCGGGGUGGUCAGGGGAAAUAAAAUACGUCCCGCCUGUUAAAGUAGUUCCCAAGUCAGAAAUCGAAGGUAGCAAUAAAGUCCGCUGGUGGAUAUUUGGAGGAGAUCUGAUUUUUUUUUUUAACGCUCAGUUUGCAGUUAAUGAGACGUUUACAGAGAAUCUGUAAUUGGUUCUAAUCAAUAGGGCUACCGGUGAAUGUAGAUGUGGCCGGUCUCUGUAGGAAUCACAGGCAAAACUUGUGAGUUGUCCCCGGCCGGCCACGCAAUUUCCUCUCCCCGAGCCGGUCAACGAGUUACUCCAGCAUUUGUGUCUGUCUUCAGUGAAUUGAAGUCCUGCUCUGAAGUGUACUUCUAUAUAUUGUUGGCAACCCACGCCUACACAAUCUGUUGUCCCCUUCCUCCCCCAGAUCCUAGCCUCUCUGUCCCCCUAUUCCCAUGCAAACGCCGGCGUUACAAGCAUGAGGACAAGUACGCGGUGGGACCUUCACUGAAAUAUUUUCCAGGCGAGACAAUUGCCCUGCUGUGAACAAUCUGCUUCCCCGUCCACAGAGGCACAGCAGCGACUUCUAAAAGAAACCUGUCUUGCGUGGGGUCUGAAGAUGCAGUGGACCCCGGAGCAUGCCCAACCUCUGAGCCAGUGGCCAGAGCAGCACUUUGACAUCUCGUCCACCACCCGAUCUCCUGCCCACAAGGCGGACGUAUUCAGGGGGCACCUGCAACGCACCUACCAAUACGCCUGGGCCAACGAUGACAUCUCAGCCUUGACCGCCUCCAACCUGCUGAAGAAAUACGCCGAGAAGUAUUCGGGCAUCUUGGAGGGCCCCAACGAGCGGUCCAUCCUGGGUAGCUACGUGGAAGGUCCCCUGGGCCUGUCCAACGGGAGGAAGGCCGAGGGUGAGGGCUGGCAGGCCUCGGUCAACUCGGACGGUGUCUACUCCAUGACCUGCGUCCCCGACGUCAUCUCGGGAGGAAAGGGCGGGGUAGGGGCCUCCGCGGAAGCUUCCGGAAGCAUCGGGAGCUCCCCCGGCGUGCCCACCAACCUGCCGGAGACCAGCUACUCCAACAGUACCUGCGGCAGCCUGCACUCUGGCCUACCGACGGUCGGCGGGCCUCAGGACUAUGCCGCUGCCUACAACGGCUCCUACCUUCAUUCCAGCUACACCGGGCAGCCCUCCCCUCACCCCUCGAGCCUCCUGCAGCCUCCCCCUCCCCCUUCCCUGGUUCCCGCCUACACCGCCGGCUCGCCGAACCUUUCCGCCGGGGCCUACAACUACCCGGCUGCAGCCUACACCUCGCAGGCCCCAGCGGGGCCCGGCUACACCUCCGGUUCGGGCCCCACCUCCUCUCCCUACCUGCCGGCAGGCAUCGCUGCCCCCACCCCUCUGCCCCCCACCACGGUGCCCAGCUACGGCUAUCAAGGCCACGGCCUGACUCCCGUGGCCCCCACGCCGCUCCUCAGUAGCCCGGCCAACUCGCUGAAGAGGAAGGCCUUCUACAUGGCGGGGCAAGGGGAGAUGGAGGCAGGCUAUGGACCUUACGGCUACGGGCACCAGCGGACUGCGCACAGUCCCAUGUACAGGAUGGCGGACGGCACCAUGCCCAAUGUGGGCUUCGAGCGCAGCCCCGACACGGUGUCCUUGGCCUUCAAGCCCACCAAGCAGCUGAUGGUGUCCGAGCAGCAGCGCAAGUUCGGCGGGCAGCCCGGCCGCUCCGCCACCCCUCCCUCCUCCUCCUACGCCAAAACCUCCCUGGGACCCUCCAGGACGGCCGAGGGCUUUGGGAAAUUUACCUCGCUGCACCCCGUCCAAGGCCCCGCCGGCUCCCGGACCAACCGACCGGCCGACGAGCAGUUGAAGAAGACAGAGGCCCACCUCAUCGAGCUGGUGUCCAACGAGAUUAUCAGCCAGGCACCCCCGUUGGACUGGGGUGACAUAGCGGGGCUGGAGAUGGCCAAGGCAGCCGUCAAGGAAGAGGUGUUGUGGCCGAUGCUCAGGCCGGACGUCUUCACCGGACUCGGUGCCCCGCCGCGAAGCCUCCUCUUCUUCGGCCCUCAAGGGACGGGCAAGACGCUGCUGGGCCGCUGCAUAGCCAACCAGCUGGGUGCCUCCUUCUUCAGGAUCAACGGCUCCGCACUUAUCUCCAAGUGGCUGGGGGAAGGCGACAAAGUCAUCCAAGCCUCCUUCUUGGUGGCCCGUUGCAGGCAGCCCGCUGUGGUUUUCAUCAGUGAGGCCGACCUGCUUCUCUCGUCGCAAGUCAACGAGGAGUCCAGCCCCAUCGGCCGCGUCAAGACGGAGCUCCUGGUGCAGUUGGACAGGUUGGUGACCUCCUUGGAGGACCAAGUGUUGGUCAUCUGCUCCACCAGCAAGCCCGAAGAUCUGGAUGAGACAGCGCGCAGGUACUUCAUGAAACGACUCUUGAUCCCGUUGCCCGACGGGCCGGCCAGGCACCAGAUGGUGCUACACUUGCUCUCGCAACACAACUACUGUCUCAGCGACAAGGAGAUUGCACUGAUUGUGCAACGUGCCGAGAACCUCUCGGGCUUGGAUGUUGCCCGGUUGUGUCAGGAGGCAGUGGUGGGACCUCUCCACGCCAUGCAAGGCACGGACCUCUCGGCCAUCAUGCCCAACCAGUUGAGACCCAUCACUUACCAGGACCUUGAUAAUGCUUUCUGCAAGAUCCAGCCAAGUAUCUCCCAGAAAGAUCUGGAUGUGUACGUUGAAUGGAACAAAAUGUUCGGCUCUAGCCAAUGAUAACAGGCAGUGAUUGUGGGUGACAGUAUUGUGCUACAUGGGGAUUAGAAACCCCUUUUUCAGUAGUAUUGCAAAUGAAAGAGGUACUGAGGAGGCCGCUUGAUGACCUUGGCAAAUGACUAGAGUCGGGUACACUUGAAGGCAGAGCGCAAAGUCGAAGCGAGCUGUAUAAUCGUGAAAAGCUUGCGUCAAAGCAAAGUUCCGCUCAAAGAUCCCGCUCGCCAAAAGGUGCGGAGAGAAAUGGGGUUGCUUUCAAAGGUUGCCAGCCCUCUUGUGUCAAUUCCAUUCUGCUCUUCUUGAGAUUCAGUUGCUGUCAAGUGCCUGAAGUGGUGCUUUAUUAUUUUUUAUUUUUAUUUUUUUUGCCUCACAAUUCAGUCGGUGGCAUGUGCUAACACACAAGAGCUGUAACUUUAAACGGUUUUUAUUUGAACAAGAUAUUUGUUGAGAAAAUAUCGUCACAGGAGGUUUCUUGCCAACUUUUUUUGCCAUUCUUAGGACAACAAUAUUCCUCAAAAAAAAAACCUGCCUUGUUGUGCAGUAUCACCUGCAAACAGUUAUACGCAGGGUAUCGAUAAUCUGGACCUUAAUUUUAGCAGUUCAGUUCUUUUAAUCUUUGGUCCACAAAUACUCAGGAAUGUGUGAUUUGUACCUCAAUAGAAUGUCUUUGGAAGCACUAUGUACUGCUGACAGUCAUAGUCUGGGUUUCUCAUUACUGAUAUUACUGUACGCUUACCUCAAAAAAAAUUUAAAUGAAUAGGGAGGAGAUGACUUUGAAUGUAUCCGGGUUUAUUCUGAAGUGGUUUGUCAAAGCCUUUUACACUGUUUGGCCGUCCCAGGCUUGAAGCAGAAGGAUAAAUCCUUAUAGUGAAAGUGAUUGAUUUCUAAUUGGGGAGGGAGGGAGGGGAAGGGGGGGGGGAGAUUAAAAUUCAGCCCAAACUCCUCUGCUUUGUGAACUUUAGCAACUGACAAUGUUUGUAAAAUUACAGUACCUGCAGUAUUCAGUCAGAAGGUGCACGUGUCAUUUGAAAAGCCACUUUAAUAAUUAAGUAUUUGGGGAAAUAAUCUUUUCUUUUUCCAUUGUUUGGUCACCCGUUACUGCGCGGAAGGUCCACUUAGCUGCGAGCUGUAACUGUUGACCUUCAAGCUAGCCGUUUACAGUUGGAGCUACUGAGUUGUUGGGAUGGGGGGGUGGGGGGGGGGGGGGUUUAGGGAGGAAAGGAAGGGAGGGAGUGAAGUGGAGAGCUCCUCAAGUGUCGGUGUUGGAAGGUCACGGGUCAGAGAGCUACAUGUGGUGGGCAGUUGGUAGCGCAGUGGCUGAUGUAUGAAAAUGUGUGCAAAAUGUUCAGUCUGUUACCAGGAAGAAAACCGACCAUUUUGGAUUAAUUUAACCCAGUGCCCCUUGUAGACUGGUUGGAAACCCUGGGAGGAAGCGUGCCCUGGUCUCUGUUCUACCUCACUUUUAUUUUUGUUGUGUUCUCUCUCUCGAAGCAGAUUAUCAGAGGGCUUUUUUUGGGGGGGGGGGGGGGUGUUUGGAAAGUCUGAUUACACUUUGGUAUGCUAACCUGCAGAACAAGUUUCUGUGAGCUGCUUAUUCCUCUUGAAGUGAGUUUCACUAUUUCAUUCCCCCUCCUCCCCUCCGCCAACCCCUCGCUCUGCGGAGUGAUGUUUCUGGAACAACUAUUAGCUGGCAUGUGCGGCAUUUUUAUCACCCCUCCUGUGUUGUCUUUCUUUUUAUCCUUUAAUGCUUUAUGUGCAACUUUUUUUUUGUUUUUGACAGCUGAUUGAUGUUGGCUAAUGCCUCUGAACAGCAGCAGUUUAGAAGGCGCCUGUAUCAAUGCUAGUGACUACGUGAGUGAGUCGAACACAUUCACUCCCCACUGGAUGUAAUGUUUUCCUUUCCAAUUCUUUAUUUUAUACAGUUUUUAAAGAACUGUUGCAAAAAGCACUGGUACUUUGUGUUGCCAUUAAAUAAUGUAAGUUUUUAAAAGCAUUUAAAAAAAAUAAUAAAACUGCACUGAAUAUACCAACUAGAAGACAUAGGAUUUUCCCUGAUUGUGGGGGAGAGAAAAAAAACUCAUUUAAUUAAAAUUUCAGAAUAUCAUUCUCACCAUUUAAAAAAAAAGUAAAGCAGCUACGGUCUAAAAAAAAUCAAUAUUUCUCUUAAAGGUUUGCCAAUGCACUGUGUUGACCCUUGAUUUUAGGUUAGCCAUUAAUUUUUGGUAUCUGCUUUCAAACUAGAUUUUUAUUUCAAUCUUGACGCAUUUAUUGGAAAUGAAGAAGUGAAAGAUGUUUCAAUAAUUCCACCUAACCCUCCGAUCACAAGGCCAAUAAUAGGUUUCAAUAUUAUCUUUAGCUUGGACUCUUUUGAGAGUAAAAUGGGUGUGUAAUUAUGAACGGCGGUGCCAUUGGCUAGCCUUGGACCUGUCACAUUGUGGAGCCUUGAUGGAGCCAAACUGGCUUUCACGUGAAACAUUUUCAUCCAAUUUGAACCAAGCCUGCAACCAAAUACAGCGACUAAAAUUAACAUGGAUUUUCCACGUGUGUUUUUAUCCAUAAAUAGUCUUGUGAAUGUAACAUAGGAACCAAAGUUUCUGACUUAUUGGUGGUAAAUUGUGCCCCCAAAGUAAAAUUUCAUAUUUCAUCAUUACUUAAACAAAAUAGAUUUUUUUUUGGUUUAAAAAAAAAAAUCAUUUUCAAUUUGGGGGGGAAAAACCCUAAAAGACCGGCUUCCAUGUUUAGAAUUUAUUUGUUCCAUAAUUUCCUUUACAGCCUGGUAUUUCCGACAGUAAUUUAAAUUCCAGCCGUCUAAACUAAUUAACGGAAUGUGAAAUUAGUUUUAUUUGUGGAAAGCUCUUUAGUCGGCCCUUGUGCUGUUGAAGUGUAAAUAGGUUUAAUGUUGUUCUGGAGGUCAUGCAGGCAGAGAUACAGGAGUGCGUCAGGCAGAGAAAGUCUGUGUUAUGUUUUUGGAGUCGUUUAAAUCACACACAACCCCACCUAAUAGCACAGAGAGAGAUAGGCAACGCUUAAUUACAAUGGCACAUACUACCUCCUUUCCCCACCCUCAGUCCUAAUCAGUUGUUCCUGUAUCAGCACCCAGUCAUUCCUUGUCAUUUUAAAUUCUUCUUCGCUCUUGUAUGUAACACAAGUAAUACAGCACAAUAUACAGCAUUGUUAAAGGCAGUUCAAUCUAAAAUGGAAGGAUGGCAUAUCUGAGUCCUUACAAUAGUUACAAUGCAAACAAUUUGGGUCAGCUAUGCUGUAGGACUGAGGAAAAAAAUUGAAAAGACAGGACUGAAUGUUCAGUAUUUAAAAUAUUCCUACUGUAGUAUCAGAGCACAAUAAUUCAUCAUAAGGCUACUAUCGUGAAAGAGCUUUAAAGAAAAAUUAUUUGCAAUUUAACUACUUGGAAUUUUCUUUUAGCCUACAUCUGUUGUAAAUUCAAACAUUUUUGCAUUCUUUGUAACCAUUUCUACCUCAUUGCUACAUAUUGUACAUGUAGUAUUUAUUAUUUUAUGUCCUUUUUGAAUGUCAUGCAUUUGUAAAAUAAAAUGACUUGUCCUUGAGUUUGGAACAGUCUACCUCAAAGACUGUCUUUACACUGAACAGUAUUAUCAAGCUAAAUGCUCGGAAGCAUUGGCAAAGUGUAGCCGUGUAGAUUAAAAAUACAUACCUACUGGUGAUGUUGUUGGACUGACUGGAAAAUGUUACUGAUGGCCAGAGCGUUUCUGUAGGGUGUUUGUUACUGUAUUCGCCUUUUUCUGUAGCCAUACAUGCUACAAAUAAUUUGUAUGUCAUAUUUAAUUCUGGCCCAUCAAACAAAGAACAAUUGAGGAUAGGGAUUUAACACAAAAAAAACUUGAUCCCUCAAAUUUUGUUUUGUUUUUUAAAAAAAGGAAAACCUUCGAUGUCAUAAAUUAUAAAUAUUUUCAGCAGGUUUUAAAAUAUGUACAUAUUAUUUUGUAUCUGCUGAAACUAAAUUAGUCUUUCCCAGACUGUGUCGUUUGGUCAUCUAGGCUGCACGGUAUCAUUGAUUAAAGAAAAAGGUUGAUUAAUUAAUUCACAUAGUUUGUGAAUAUUAUUUGUGUAAAUGAAACACUUCUGGUUCAGACUUUUUGUUUCACUUGCCAAUGUGUUGGGAUCAAUGUAUGGUUGAAUGUAUAUGCAUAGGAAUCUGCUUUAUAAUUAAACUGGUGAUCUUGACUGAGUCCCCGAAAUUGUUGCAAUGCAUUUGUUUUCCCCCCCAGCGAUGCAGUCUGAUCAUAAAAUUCUGCAUCUCAUUCGUAGAAAGUAGUGAUGCACUGAAAAAACGGAAAUUCAGUGCUAAAUCCUAUUAUAUUAUCUAGCCACAUAGAAUCUUUCUUUUCAUAAUUACAUGCUACCACAGGGAAAUUAUCGGAGUAAAUUUUCAUAUAGAAUUAACUAGUUUAAGUAGUGACCAUUGAAAGAAAAUUUGUGGUUCAAGGCAGAUAUUUUUAUGAAAAGUUUUCUCUAUUGUACAAUUUGUUGUAUAUGGCUAUGCUACUAAAUAUGGAAACAAAAAGAACAAGCAUACCUCAAAUAAAAUUCUGAAUAUGAAA